AUGGAAUCGGAGGACUACCGAGGCGAAUGCUGCCUGCCAGUGGCGUUCGGACGGCCUAACGGCCGCCAGACGCAGCGCAACGCGUCGGGCGCCGGCCAGCGCUGCCAGCGGGUCCGUUUGACGCAUCUGGGCGUGCGGCACGGCGCCGUCCUCGACCGCUGCCUGGCCGUCGUCUGCCAGGGCAAGGCGCUGUUCGCCAGCACACGCCGCCGCCUGGUGCUCGUCGCCGCCGACGUGGACGGGGACGGCGUCACACUGACGGCACCCGGGAUGCCGCCGCUGACCGUGCCGCUGCCGCAGGACGGCGACGACGUCAGCACGAUGACGGUCGACUUCAACGGCCAUCCAGACUCAGGUGUCGACCUGGGGCCGGCCGUGGCCAAGUGGCUGGCCGAGUUCUUCAACGACGGCAAGGAGUACGCGAUGAUGUACUUCCUGUCAGAUGUGGUGACGCCGCGCAGAACUGUGAACCUCCCAAGGCCGUACGUGCAUCUCGCCUCACCUGAGGACAUCAUGUCUUACAACUUCGUGUCGGCGGCGUCGAUCAUCUGCUCGUCAUCACUGGACGAGCUCAACUCGCGCUUGAAGACGCCAGUUUCUCUCGAGAACUUCCGUCACAACUUCAUCGUGGAAGGCGCCCCUGCCUUUGACGACGACAAUUGGAGCUUCAUCAAGAUUGGUGACGCGGUGAUGCGCAGGAUCAAACCCGUUCACCGGUGCGGCAUCACCUGCGUCGACCCCAAGACCGGCGAACGCAGCGAACAGAUGGAGCCGCUGAAGACCCUGAGGACGUUCCGGCUGGCUAAGACGGAGGAGGAGAAGAAGCUGUACAAAGAAGCUCCGCUGUUUGGAAGUGCGCUGGGUGUGGACGUGGAGGGCGAGAUGGCUGUGGGAGAUACGGUAUACGUGCUCCGGAAAUGAGGGAGCUGGUUAGGACAUCGGUACGCACUCUUCGGACCUGAUGUCAUUCCGAUGCAAUAUCGCAGGUGCAUUUUUCUUUGUGAAGAUUGGUUGGUGGACUUGACGUCCACUCAACCCACGCCAGGCCUGGCUCUUGGGCCAUCCGCAGGGCCAGGACAAAGGGGUAUUUGAACGCACUUUCCCAGCACCUCGUAUUCCACACAUAUAAGACAAAACGAUGGAAAAGUGACUGAAAGAAGCCGAAGCCACUUAAAAGUUUGGCGCCAGAUUAACUUGUCACCAAAAGCAGCCAAGGGCAGAGCACGUAGACAAAAAUCUAACACAGCCAAGGGCGGCGCCACCAAUUUCUGAUAGGGGAAACGGGACCCUUAAGCCAUCACGACACUUGAAUAAAUAACGGAUGAGAA